AUGUCACAGGCAAGUCACACGAGCGAAAUUAAAUCACCAACGUUUUCAACCACACCAACGUGGUUAAACCGAGCACGAAUUAUCAGUGCUCUGGCAUACAUUCUUAUUCUUAUUGGUUAUUUAAUCUUCAUUAUCGUUUGUAUUGCACGGUAUCCAUCGUGUGAACGAGCCCCAAGUACGCCUUGGUGGUUCAAUAGUGUAUUUCUGCGUUUAUCCACUCGGACGUUGACAUUCAAUGAUAUCCAGCAGAAGCUGAAUGACUAUCAAAGCAAUUUUAGUCUCCAAGCACUUUGGCUGAACCCGGUGAUGCGUUUAUCCGCGGAAUCCAAUCCAUUGGCUUGGAAUGAUAUAGAAAUGAAUCUUGGCGGUGAAAGUGCUCUGAUGAAUUUGAUUAAUAAGUCACAUGAGAGUGACCUUCGGAUUAUCGUUGAUUAUCCAUUGAAUCAUUUGUCGAUUCAAUCGCCGAAGUAUCUAGCAAACGAUGAUUCCUAUUUUGUAUGGAAUGACCAAGGUAAUCUGAGCAAUUGGGUGACAGUUGACAAUCCACAGAAAUCAGCGUGGACUUACAACAAUCGGAAAAACUCGUUCUAUUUGCAUCAAUUCGAUCGAAAUAGUGAUGCAAUCGAUGUAAACUAUCGAAAUAACCGAGUAUUCAAGGAUGUAAUCAAUUCUUUAUCGUCUUGGGACACUAAAUAUCUCUUCGAUGGAUUUAAUAUCCAAGGCAUUAGCUAUGCGUAUGAGGAUUACGAAUACCAAAACGAAGAUGUCAAUGGCUCGAGUCGAACUCGGCAUCUCGAUGAAGAUUAUCUACUACUCGCUCGUAUCAAAUCCGAAAUCAAUCCAAAUAAGUUGCUUCUGCUUGAUUCUGUCGAUUCUCUGUCAACUUCUAAUGAUCAAAUUUUAACACGUUAUUAUGGUGAUGAAAACAAAUCCUUAGGCGGUGUGCAAAUAGCUUCGAUAAAUGAUUACAUUUUGACUGACGCACAUUCCAACAAUGUCACAGGUAUUUUUCAUCGGUAUUCUCAAUCAAUCUUUUUCCAACGAAACCAACCGUUGAUUUGGUCUUCACUAUCAUCGAAUUCUCAGUUGAACGAAGCAUUUUUCGCUGCGUGUUUAUUUCAUGUUGGUGUUGUUGCAAUCGAUCUCGAACGACAAGGACAACAAUUCACAACUGACCAACUUUCUCGUCUUAGACAAAUUUCGACCUUUGUCCGCACACUCGAUGUAUUUCGUGCCGGUCGCAUUCAACAGAAUAUUUUAUCUGAUUCAAAACUGCUAACUAUCGAACGAGCCCGACGUGGUUCACGUCAUCAUAUUAUUAUAAUUAACUUAAGUAAUACCGUUCGAGAGGAUAAAAUUGAAUUAAAAGAAGGAAAUACCAAUGCUGUCGAGGUUCUUCUAACCAAUCUGGCAAAUCCCGGUGUCAAAUAUGAAACGAAUGCAUUGCUUGAUAUGACUGAGACGAUUCGAUUAGAACCCUAUGAAUACAUUAUCCUCCGUUGGUCUCCAUCCAUCGACGGACUCGGAAUUAUUUUUUGA